AUGACUAGCACGACGACAGCCUCUGGUGUCGUCCCUGCCCCGGGUCGCCCUGCCGCUGAAGACCAGCCCUCCAGAAAGCGUCGGCGCUCUCGGGAGCCUGAUUGGAAUAAUUUCUACCGGAACGGCCUCCCCAAGGAAAUUAUCGUCAUUGACGAUACGCCUGAGCCGGAGGCCAACACGGGUCGCAAGAUCACAAAUGGCAAUACCAUCGUGCCCGACUCGGCCGCUGCCACUGCUGCUCAGCAGGCCGCCAAAAAGCGAAGACGAGACGACCCGCCACUGGGCUACCACGUCCAGUAUUUGGGCGGUUCACACACAGGCUCGCACACAAACACGCCCUUGCCCAACGCUACGCCUGCUGGCUCUACUCUCUCUAGCGACCGAACAAACUCGGCCUUGAAUACCACUGCGCCCACAUCUCUGUCUUCAAACAGCCAGUAUGAUGACUUGGCCGCGCCAUUAAAGCGCAAGCGCACAACCCGCCAACAGGCUGCCAACGAGGCUAAGCGGAGGGAUGUUGACGGCUUGGGAGGCGCCUAUAUGGCUUACAAGCCUCCCCCUUACCCGCCCAAGAAAUCUGCUGAGGUUCCCGUUAGAGUCAUUCAUGAUCGUCACUAUAGCAAAAACGCCAAAGUCGAUGAUGAUGACGGCCACUAUAUCGUCGUCCCAGAUGCAGAACUCACUGAAAAGUAUCAAAUUGUUCGUCUCCUUGGACAGGGUACCUUUGGCAAAGUGGUAGAGGCCCGCGAUGUCAAGAGAAACAAGCCUGUGGCUGUCAAGAUUAUUCGAUCCGUCCAGAAAUAUCGCGACGCUUCUCGGAUCGAGCUUCGCGUCCUGGCUACACUCAAGGCCAACGACGAGGAGAACAGAAAUCGUUGCAUUCAUCUGCGGGACUGCUUCGACUACCGCGGCCACAUUUGCAUUGUCAUGGACCUUCUGGGCCAAAGCGUUUUCGAUUUUCUCAAGGGUAACGGCUUUGUGCCCUUUCCUAAUAGCCAGAUCCAAAACUUUGCCAGGCAGCUAUUCACCAGUGUAGCAUUUCUCCACGACCUGAACCUGAUUCAUACUGAUCUCAAGCCGGAAAAUAUUCUUUUGUGUGAUAACUCUUAUCAAACAUUUACCUAUAACAGGAAGAUCCCUUCAUCAUCUACCACGAUCAAUAGGCAGGCUUCUCAGAGACGAGUGCUUCUUGAUACCGAGAUUCGCCUGAUCGAUUUUGGAUCGGCUACAUUUCAGGACGAAUAUCACUCGUCGGUUGUCAGUACCCGCCAUUAUCGUGCGCCGGAGAUCAUCCUUGGCUUAGGCUGGUCUUUUCCUUGCGACAUAUGGAGCAUAGGAUGCAUCCUAGUCGAGUUUUUCACCGGCGAUGCCUUGUUCCAGACGCAUGAUAAUCUCGAACAUCUGGCCAUGAUGGAGGCUGUCGUCGGCUCCCGGAUAGAUACCCAUCUUGUUCAAGCAGUCAACAAGAUGUCUACGAGGAGUGGAGGGAACCCUGCUUCAAAAUACUUCAAGCGCCUUAGGCUCGAUUACCCAACCCCGGAUACAACCAGGGGCUCCCGACGAUUUGUCAAGGCUAUGAAGCACUUGAGCGACAUUAUUCCUUCAAACUCGACUUUUUUCAAGAAUUUCCUUGAUUUGCUGAGGAAGAUAUUCGUCUACGAUCCCGCGCACCGUAUCACGGCCAAGCAGGCUCUCAGCCACCCGUGGUUUAAAGAAAUGGCCCAGCCUGACGACGGUACCGAGGCCGCCAAGAUUCGCUUCGAAAGGAGACGACUAGAAGUGGACAAGGCGCGGCAGCACGCCCACUAUGUUGGAUGAAGUAUAACCAAGGACGAUUCGACACAUUUCGUUUUAUAAUGACUACAUAAGCAUGAUCAGGUUCCAUGGUAGCGCACACACACUGGAUGUGUAUAGUGGUGGAAAGCCCAUUUCCCGCUGGGGGGUGCCAACAUAACCCUCCAGUAGAAUUGUCAUUGUACUUUAGCGCUUUGAGCUGUUGCAGUUCCAACCUUCUUUCUUCUCUUUUCUAUUUCUUUUGUUUUUCAUUUCCUUUUUUAGCGUAGGGUUUACUCUCAAGGUUCAUCGUCUGGGGGGGUUGGCGUCCACAAUCACGGAUUAGGGUGAGAACUGGGGAUGGUUAUAACACGAUGCGGCAGGGCAGGGCGCGCCUCGCUUUUGGUGGACAAAGUGUGCAAAGGUCUUCUCAAAAUCUAAUAUACCCUCCACAGUUGUGAUAUCAAAAUGUCCAAAAUCUUUUAUCUACU